GUUUUAUGAAUGAAGCAGAAAUCAUCACCAUUCGCUCACUAUCAGUCGAUGUGUCAACACGCAGGGAUCUCCUGACGAUCGCUUAUGGGAUCAUAAAAUUCCAUACCGGCUUAUCAUCCACUUGAUGUGAAGAACAUUUUGCCUACUCAUAUGAAAGGAUUUUCUCCUUUCUGUGGGAUGAAUUUUUAUUCAACAUUAAGAACUGUGGAUUUUGAUUUUUAAGCUUCCAGUGAAACAGACUCCUGUCAAGGUUAGACGGAUAAACAGACAGCGAGCGGAAUCUCGUAGAAAUCAUUCAUCGCUACGUUAAUUGUCAUUUCAUUGAAGAUUUUGUACAAUUCAAGAAGUAAAAGAAGAUUUCUCUCAUGGAGGACACGAUGAACGUGUUUUAACGAUUGUUCUCUCCAAUGCUGCAGUCACUGGAAGUCACACGUUUAAGCGGAGGACUUUGUUCACUUCAGCUCAAGGAGACGCAAUAGGGCUGCGUACAAUCUCAAGUCAAGGAUCAUCUCCAAUUUACGACUACGAUCGAUACAGCGAAACUUACCAACGGAGUAUUAACGGCUCCCACCUGCCCAGAACCGUCGGGCUCAUUUUCAACCAGAAAUCUACUGAUAUAGGAGCAGAAGUUGGCCUCACCAACCUCAUGUUUUGAGGUCUGUAAAGAACAUUGUUCAAUAAAUCAUACAGUGCCUUCCAAAUCAUCAUGUUGCUCGGGACCAUUCUAACCUUAGUCAUCGCAGUGUGUGCAGAUCUCUGCUAUGCAAAGGGCGUGUUCAGUGUUCAUAACUACCGUCAUGUCCCUGUACAUCGCAAUUCUGCCACUGUUCGAAAGGUCGGCAACGUCUACGUCUUUCCAUACUACAGUGCCAUGAGGAGAAAGAUACACCGCUGCGGAUACGGCUCCUACAGACUGGGCUGUUGCGCAGGAUGGGUCAGGAACAGUAUUGCAGGAACAUGCACCCCAAUCUGUGAAUCUGGUUGUGUACAUGGAACCUGCGUUGCACCAAACCAGUGCCGUUGCGAGCCGGGAUAUACAGGUGCAAAUUGUAAUGCAGAUCUAAACGAGUGUGGUCUGGAGCCUCGGCCGUGCAAUCACAGAUGUAUUAACACCAUGGGUAGUUUUAGAUGCCACUGUGAAGAAAGUUAUCUUCUAGAAGAAGACGGAAAGACAUGUACACGUGAUAGCCGAUGUUACCCGGGUAGAUGUGCGUAUGGAUGCAGAAAGAACGGAUUUCGCCUGGAGUGUAUCUGUCCAGCAGGUUUAAGACUCGCCCAAGACAGUUAUCACUGUUUAGAUGUUGAUGAGUGUGCAGAAGGAACAGUUCAAUGCCCCUCGGACCAGAGAUGUGUCAACACAUAUGGAAACUACAUGUGCCUCUGUCAAGAGGGAUCUCAGUUCAGAUACAUUGAUGGAAAGCUUAGAUGUACAGAAUCGGAAGAUAGAUGUGCCAAUGCAGGAUAUAUCUGUGAUACGAAUGCGAAGUGUCAAGCUGGUGAUGGCGUGGUCAAGUGUGCGUGCAAUAGAGGUUACGUAGGCAAUGGAGAGGAAUGCACCAUCGUCGAGUUGAAGUCGUGUUCACAGCGGCCAUGUUUCCCACAAGCUACGUGCACAAACCAAGAGUUGGUAUCCACUGAUAUGCCAUACCCAGAGGGUGGUGUGCUCAAGCUGUAUGAAUGCGGCCCGUGUCCACGAGGAUACAUAGGCGAUGGCGAGACUUGCGAAGAUAUUGACGAGUGCGCAGAAGGCACAGAUUUAUGCCAUGAUGAAGCAGUUUGCACAAACACUCCAGGAUUUUACAGAUGUGCUUGUAAAGAAGGAUUCUCUGGGGAUGGAUUCUCAUGUUCUGCUCUUGGAUGCCCCUUCCCCGGUAUCGUUGGCAAUGGUCAGAUAACGCCAGACCCAACCGGACCCAGUGGUCAGUAUAACGAUGGCACCAUUAUCACCUUUGAGUGUCAGAUUGGCUAUAACUUACAGGGAGCCGCUCUUAGCACCUGCCUCAAAGGGAUGUGGACCGCUGAACUCCCUGUAUGCGCCGAUAUCGACGAAUGUCAAACAGGAGAUGCUGCCUGUCACGAGUUUGCCACCUGUGUGAAUACGCCAGGCUCCUAUAGAUGCACCUGUAACCCCCGAUACACCGGCAGCGGUAUCAUGUGCUUCUCUCUGUAUUGCACGGUGGACGCAGGAAUGGUGAAUGGUCGGAUGGUACCAGCGCCCCUUGUAGGGGAUGAGUACCGUGAUGGUGAUCUUGUAUCCUUCCAUUGUGACGAUGGUUUCCUCAUGGUUGGCUCACUUAACAGCGUGUGUGAAAUGGGAUUGUGGUCAGAUCCCUUCCCUCAGUGCGUUGAUGUUGAUGAAUGCGCUACUGAAUUCACAAAUGAUUGUGAUGCAAAUGCAGUCUGUAUCAACAGCCCAGGCUCCUACAGGUGCGAGUGCAAUCUUGGCUUCUUCGGCAACGGCCAAGUUUGUAUUGAAAUCGACCCGACAUCGUGUGCAGAUCGACCAUGUUCGGAAGGUGUUGUCUGUACUGACCUCGAUCGCGUGGUUGUGCUCGCUACCAUUGACCUCAAGAAUCCUACCAGUGACGUCAUCACAUUGUAUAAAUGUGGUGACUGUCCCGAGGGAUACCAUGGUGAUGGAGAGAAUUGCGUCGAUAUUGAUGAAUGUGCCGAGAAUACGUUUGAAUGUGCUACCAACGCUCAGUGCAUAAAUCUACCCGGAACAUAUAUGUGCACCUGUAACGAGGGAUACUAUGGGGAUGGCAAAGUCUGUAUACGCAUUGAUCCAACAAGAUGUUAUGAUCUGCCAUGCUUCCCUGGUACACAGUGUAAUGACUUAGAUCGUGGCCUCGUCUUAGAUGCCGUCGACAUUAAAUCUCCUCCCUCAGUCAUCAGACUCUACGAAUGUGACGAGUGUCCUCAAGGAUAUGCUGGAAAUGGAACGUUUUGCGAAGAUGUUGAUGAGUGUGCACUGGAAAUCGACGAAUGUCACGAUAAUGCCACUUGCAACAACUUACCCGGUACUUACGACUGCGUCUGUAACCGAGGUUUCUAUGGAAACGGGCGAGUCUGUAUUCCUAUUGACCCAACAAGGUGCAGUGAUAACCCUUGCUUCCCCGGUGUUGAGUGUUCUGAUCUAAGCCGUGGAGAAGUCGUGUCAAACACAGAUCUGGACAAUCCACCUGAAAUCAUUCUGCAGUAUACCUGCGAAAAUUGUCCUCCAGGCUACCGCGGUGAUGGUGUCGAAUGUAAUGAUAUUGAUGAAUGUGCCGAGAAUACGUUUGAAUGUGCUACCAACGCUCAGUGCAUAAAUCUACCCGGAACAUAUAUGUGCACCUGUAACGAGGGAUACUAUGGGGAUGGCAAAGUCUGUAUACGCAUUGAUCCAACAAGAUGUUAUGAUCUGCCAUGCUUCCCUGGUACACAGUGUAAUGACUUAGAUCGUGGCCUCGUCUUAGAUGCCGUCGACAUUAAAUCUCCUCCCUCUGUCAUCAGACUUUACGAAUGUGACGAGUGUCCCCAAGGAUAUGCUGGAAAUGGAACGUUUUGCGAAGAUGUUGAUGAAUGUGCACUGGAAAUUGACGAAUGUCACGAUAAUGCCACUUGCAACAACUUACCCGGUACUUACGACUGCGUCUGUAACCGAGGUUUCUAUGGAAACGGGCGAGUCUGUAUUCCUAUUGACCCAACAAGGUGCAGUGAUAACCCUUGCUUCCCCGGUGUUGAGUGUUCUGAUCUAAGCCGUGGAGAAGUCGUGUCAAACACAGAUCUGGACAAUCCACCUGAAAUCAUUCUGCAGUAUACCUGCGGAAUUUGUCCUACAGGCUACCGCGGUGAUGGUGUCCGAUGUAAUGAUAUUGAUGAGUGCGCUGAAAACUUGUAUGAAUGCCAUCCCUUCGCCAUGUGUUUCAACCUUCCUGGAGCUUUCGAAUGUGUGUGUAUGGACGGUCAUCAUGGAAACGGCAAGACUUGUAUUCCAAUGGACCAAACAUUCUGCACCGCUGAUGGCCCAUGCUUUGAAGGUGUCGAUUGUACCAACUUGAGUCGUUCUGACGUCCUCGAUAAGAUUGACUUACUAACUGCUACUGCUGAGGACAUCAUCAAGUUCUAUCUCUGCGGAGACUGCCCCGGUGGAUACCUAGGUGAUGGUGAAGUCUGUCUCGAUAUUGACGAGUGUGAUACUGGAGAUUUUGAUUGCCAUAAAAAUGCCUCAUGUGAAAAUGAGAUAGGUGGCUACACAUGUGUCUGCGUUGAAGGCCAUUUCGGAAAUGGGACACACUGCGCACAGCUCGAUGAUCGGUCAUGUGCAGAUGAUCCCUGUUUCCCUGGUGUAGAAUGCAUGGAUGUUGAUCCUACUAUGGUAGACUACACCCAGUCGUUUGUAAGGCUUUUUGAAUGUGGAGAUUGCCCUGAAGACUACUCUGGUGAUGGAAUCGACUGUAUCGAAGACUACGUACCACCGUUGAUCAAUCUGACAGUCAUUGCGCUCGACCAUUAUGAACCUACUGAAGAUGCCGUAGCACCAGAUACAGACAUCUCUGUAUUCGUCGCCGAUCCUUUGGCACGAUUUGGUACCAGGAUGGUAGCUUCGGCCCUCACUGGACCCGAUGGAAUCGCUGUUUUGUCGGUUCCUCACAACCAGUCCUUGAUCAUCACAGCAAAUUGUGAUGGUUACCUUAUCAACUCGAUCACUGCUAAGGCUAACCUGAAGCAAAAAAAUAUUGUGACUAUACCGAUAGCCGUCUAUGAGGAACUGAAUUUAUUCCGUUGGUUGACGGCCAGUUCUAAUUCAUUUGCAUUUGGAGGAACGGAGGACACAGCUCAGUACCAAGUAGCCAUUCCUGCUGGUGGUCUACGUGUUAGGAACAGACGUCUUGUACAAAUCGAGUUCUACGGUGUCAAUCUCACCGUCCCAGAGCAGUUCGAACAUUCCCCAGAACCAAUUGCUGUGCUCAAUGCAGGUCCUGGUCCACGUGGAGAUAUUGGAACAACCCUUAAUGGAGAACCAGCAAGAGCAGAAUUGGUGGCCCUUGACAUAGUUGGCAUGAUGGAGCUUAAUGUAUUUGAGACUUCAACAUCUUUUAGAUCUGCGACGUUAACACAACCAGUUACUAUCACCAUCCCUAUCACCAGUCUUUCUGAUGAGUUUAGUGCCGGUGAUUUUAUGGAUGCCUGGUACUUCAAUGAAGAGCAUGGUGUAUGGGUUAAAGACGGCACUGGAAUUAUUGAGCAAGAUCGUGAUACUGAUAUGUUGGUGUGGAAUUACGAAGCAACGCAUUUUACUUGGUGGGCAGCAGCCAAACCGCAGGAACAAACCAGCUGUGUUAAGGUCAAGACUUGUCUGGACGGAGCCUGUAACCUCCCAGUACCUGGCAUCAGAGUACAACUUACUGGUCAAGAUUAUGGUUUCUCGAGUGCAAGAACAACCGACCGAUAUGCAGAGGCCGUCUUUAACUUCAAACAUGGAAGAACUGUUACCCUGGAAGCAGUGUGCGCCAUGGAGAGAGUUACGGUGUCCAGUACCCUACUUACGGCUGCAUUUGACAAUGCCGAUGCUGACAUACCUUCGGUCAUCCCUGAUCCCCUCCUCCCACUGGACGUUUGUAGGGAAGUCACCCUCAUGCUUCCACCCCUAGCAAGUAACAUAACAUGUCCAGAUCCCGGUGAGGUUGAAUUCUCUACUCAUUCUAUCAACGGUAACAAGUACUCUGACGUCGUGCAAUACACCUGUGAUAUGGGUCGAUCACAGGACGGAGAAGGAUACAGAACAUGCCUUGAGUGCGGCUUAUGGUCCAAUAAACCUGCCACAUGCACAAAUUCAGCUGGCUCUGCCAAGAAGAGGCGGCGACGUCGUUCAUCAAGACAAAAGAAACAACAGGUUGCUGAUGUUUAAAACUUGGAGAUAAAAGAAUUAUGGAAUCAGAAGUUAUAAUGAGAUCAACAUAUUUGAAAAACCAUUGAUGUAAAGUACAUUUUGGUGCUAAAUUGCUUCUUUGCUGACCCAAGUAUUGCUCAAAACUUUUUUUCAAGUAAAAAUAAACGAUAUAGGUUGUGGUUAUGUGUAUCUAUGGGCAUAGUCGAAUAUUAUUCCUUCUUUACAUUUAUAAUACAUAUGAUGGUAAAUAUGGUGUAAAAUUGUACACUUGAAAAAAAAUGUGAUAAAUGAUUAAUUGGUAUGGAUUUUUAAAACCUUUUCCUUGCACUGGCUCUUCUGUAAACCUAAACAAUUUCCCUCAUCAAGAUAUAAUAUAUAUAACUAAUGUCAGAUUCAGUUUGAAUGCGGGUUGAAUAAAACAUUUUUAUCUUUAUCUUUUGUAUCUUAAUUUAAAUCUUACGUUGGCUCAAGGUAUUUAAGGAUUUAGUCACAAGUGAUGUAAUUGCCAUUUAGGCAAAAUUUCGGAAUUCAAGCCCCACAAUCUGGAAUUAUACAGACGAUACUGUCACGGAUCAUACGUGAUAGAAAUCAUGAGCAUUGCAUCACUGAGGAAAGGCCCGGGAACGGUCGUUCAUUUCGGUUAUAGUGGCCUUAAUAUUAUAUUAUUAGUGUAGAUAUUUCUGUACUACAUGGUAAAUAUCGCACUAUUUGUAGGCCGUUCUACUAAAGUGAAGCAUAUAUGUAUAGAUAUGUUAUAUGAUAAUGAUUUAUCAAAUACAAUGUAAAAUAUUGGUGCUUGUUAAUGUUCUUUCUUCGUUUAACUUUAUAUUGUAUGGCUCUUAUAUUGAUUAACCUAUGUUUAUGGAACGAAACAAAACAUUAUCAAUACUAUUUAUCAUGCUGCAAUGAUUCAAACUGCUGUUUCGGUUGAAAAGAAAGAAAGGCUCUUAAAAAUGUCUUGGUAUAAUUUUGCGUAAUAAUGUAUUAAGUUUUAGUGCCUAAUCAUAAAUUCACAAGUUUUUCCGACAACUUAGAGAAAAAAGUCGCAGGGAGAGACAAAAAUUGAAUUGAUAUAAAUAGUAAGCUUUAAAUUCAGUAACCAAUGGUUUGAAAGCAAAUUGUUUUGUAAUUGACUUUCAUUUUUUGGGAGGUCCUUUUCGGGCCCGUCUCACUUUUGACUUGAACCCUAGUUGAUCUUUCAACUGUCUAAGUUAAGAAAUCUGAGGUCAUCAACAUCAUGAAACACAAUGAGGAAUACACCCUUCCCUUCAUUCUUUCUCUACUUCGUCAUCUAAAGUGAAUCCUCCUAAUCCUAUGGUACUAUGGUACUCCAAAAUGCUAGGAGUUACUUUCUGUACCCCUUCCCAUCCACAAACAAACCCAUUAAUAUCGUCUGCAAACAAAAAUCCAGGAAUUAGAUCCCUCCCCUCAUUCCUCGUGUGAAGUUUAUUGGUUGAAUCAGCAUUAUUGCAAUGUAUAUAAUAAGUUAUAAAUAUUGUUUUCGUACACGUGCUGUAUUUCUACAAAGGGAUGUAUGUAACUAUUUUUGUGUCUAUCAUAAUGAAUUUCUUGCAAUCUAAUGCGUGCUAAUGGUAAUGAGUUGUUUACACUAAUCUAUGCAUUGAGAUGUUAUUAUCAUAUUUUAAAUAUUUUGCUUGGAAAUAUUUUAUUUCUCAUCAUGUAACUAUCUUUUAACCUUACAUCAAAGUGUUUUAAUACAGUAAUUUCAUGACAUUAAUACCCAUCGCCUUAUCCAUACUUCUCCUUAUCAUAAAUGCUAUUAUUUUUUAAUAUUAUUUCUAUUGAACGUGAUAUUAUAGCAUUUUAUCUCCUGUAAAUGUUGAUUUUUAGUGAUUGUAUAAUAUACGCUUCUUGUGGUUCUAUAGGAAGAAUGGUUGUUUCGUUUCAAGGAUAUGAAACAUUCACACAAAAUCUGUUCCUCUCAAAAGGGCAUGUCACAAUCAGCAUUACGUACAUUGCUGGAUUAUCCUCUAUUAAACGUUUACAUAUGGUAUGAUAUUUUUUCUUUAAAAAAAAGAUCACACAGCCGUGUGUAAGGCCAUUUGAAGGCGCAGAAUGCCCUGAAGGUUACUCGGGUGAUGGUGUCACAGUUAUAUGUAAGUACACACGGUCACGUAUGGAUUGAUAGAUCAAUGGAUCGAUUGGAAAAUAGAUUGAUGUAUAUGAAGAGAAAACAGAAUGAUGAAUAAGAAAAAUAAAGGAUUAACUAAAAAAAUUAAUAUUAUGCAAUAUAAUAAAUGAAUGCUCUCUAUAAACUUCCUAAUUAAAUAUAACCAUGGGCGUCAAUCUGUACUUCCUUGAUAUCUAACAUAUCUUUAUAGUAAAAGGAUAGAAAUCGUGGAAGAGAUAUAUAAGUCUAUUUUUAAUUUGUAAAUUACCAUCAUUGUGAUUGCAUUAAUAAAUUAUAAAUACCAAAAUA